AUGAAUUUUGAAAUUUCCUCGCCGAACGUCAUGUUAGUGGACGGCUCUUCGGAUAAUCAACCAUCACUAGCAGAUCCCUCCUCAUUGUCUUCCUCAUCCUCAUCUCUAUUCAGUUCAUCGUCGUAUUCACCCGAUCAUAGCUGUGGCAAUUGUUUUACUAUUGAAGCACAUUUACCUCUCGUGAAAAAUAAUAUCGAACAAGUUGAAAAAUUCAAACGAUUAUUAUCUCGCUUGGACAACGUUUACAAUAAUAAUAAUAAUAAUAAUAACAGCAAUAAUAACAAUAACAACAAUAAUCAAAAUAUGUCAACCACAACUUUACCGUUACCUUCGACAACGUCACCGCAUGUUACUGAUCGUUAUCUUUUUCGUUCGCUCUCAAAUGAUAAUCAAAACUCACGAAUAUCUGCAGCAAAGAAGAACAAAUUGUCCAAUGCACCACCAUCAUUAAGUAAACGUUAUAAAUUUUCGUCGACUGUCACCGAUCAAAAUAAUAAUGAUGUCUAUAAGUUUCCUAAUGGCCAAACGGAACAACGUUCACAUUCGACUGAUUCGGACCGAUACUAUUUCUCAACAGGCGACUCUGCGAAGAAACCUCAACAAAUAUUAACAUAUGUUCGAUCUGGUUCCGGCUUGGAGCAGCGUGCUGUUACCUUUAUUGAUGGAGCGUCAAUUUCAUCUGAUAAAGUUUCUUUACCGACAACAAAGUCAAUACAACCAACUACUAUUGUAUCGGAUACGCCUUAUCUUUUCUCAAAGACAACAGAAUCCCAGCGACAACCAGGUGCAACAUCGUCAGUCAACCCAGAAGAUGACUGGCUAGAACAACGACAGCAACCGCAUAUUAUCUUCGAUAGUAUCACUGAUUCGUCGCCCAAUUCACAACUAAAACGCCCACGUACAUCAAGUACAAGUCCAGAACGCCGACGCAUAUCAAAACAUUCACCCACGCGUAUGGAUACUGUCACAUCGACAAAUGGCUCAUUGUCGACAUUACGACGAUCACCCCCAACUAAAGUGCAAAAUGUUCGCUUUGAUCCAACAUCGACACAGAAAUCAUAUUUAAGUGAAGCAAAAGAACGCUUAGCAAUCAAAAAGCGUGGACGAUCACCACAAGCUUUACAACAAUCAGUUGACCGUUUAGUCUCAUCAACAAAUCAAAAAUAUCGCCAACAGCAAAUUUUCUCACCGCCUGCCCCAUUUCAACCAUCACAACAACAACAUCAAAGUUAUAUCAGUCAAUAUUAUGCACAAGAAGAAGAACCUCCUAUUGAUUAUCCAAUGGAUAGCGAUGAUGAUGAACCACAAAAACGUUCAACCUUGUACAAUCGUGGUUUGAACGCUAAUAGCGCACACGAGCGAAUCUUGAAACACGUCAACGGUAGUUUGCUUGACCGGCGAUACUUAGGUGAUACCAAUCGCAUCAAACAACUGGAACAGAACGCUCAUCGUUACCUACGUUUUAUCGAAAAUCAGUCGUUACAACGUGAAUUAAAUUAUGAUUUAAUUCGAUGUUUCUCAUCCACAUAUCUCGAUGAUUUACGCCGUGAAGAAAACCGACAUUUUCAAACGCGAGUUAACAUGCGAUCAUAUACAUAUGAAGAUAUACAAGACAUUCAUAUGUCGCAAGUUCUCGAAGCUUUCAAGAUGAAACGAGCGAUCGACAAAGAAAAACGUCUCCGAUUGAGUGCAAGUUUCGAUGGACAAAUUACAUCAUCAACACCAACAUCAUCCAUUGGUGCGGGACACUUAUCGCCUCUCUCGGCUUCGUAUAGUCCAGUCAUGACUGGAAGUCUCAACGAAAAUAUUGAUGCGCAAUCAGGUGGUUUUGAAAUCGAUCGUCGAUCAAUAAAAUCACAUACUUCGCUUGAUGAACAACGUGUAGCGAAUUGCUUUGAUUUCGAUCGUCAUUCGCGUACAAUCUGUGCGAGACAAAAUGAUUGUGAAAACGGAGGAAAUUGUUAUGAAGAAAACUCGAAAUGUCCUAAAUAUUUCCUAUGUGAAUGUGCCGAAUGUUAUUACGGAGUGCGAUGUCAGUUGACAACGAAUGGUUUCAGUCUUUCACUCGACGCUAUUCUCGGCUUUUACAUUCAUCCGAAAAUCAAUCUUUUCAAGCAAUCAGGCGCAGUUCUGAUAAGUAUAAUUGUUAGUACAGUUUUGAUCAUUGUAGGACUGGUUAAUGGUACUUUGUCUUUGAUAACAUUUAAAAACAAGAAACUUUGGGAAUCUGGUUGUGCAAUUUAUCUAUUAAAUUCAUCAAUAAUUGUUUUACUGACCAUGAUUAUAUUCACAUUCAAGUUUUGGAUACUUAUACUUACACAAAUCGAAACGAUCCGGAAUAAAUCUUUUUUAAAAAUUGAAUGUAUUGGCAUUGAUUUCAUUCUUCGAUCAUGUUUAGCAAUGGAUCAAUGGUUAACUUCCUUUGUAUCGAUCGAAAGAACAUUUGUUACAAUCAAAGGAGUUAGUUUUAAUAAGAAACAGGCGCAAGUAGCGGCAAAAUAUGUCAUCUGUGUUCUAUUCUUUCUGAUAAUUGCAACGAAUAUCCACGAUCCCAUUCAUCGAAGUUUAUAUGAAGAAAACGAAGAUGACGAAAAACGAUUUUGGUGUAUUGUGCAAUACAAAUCGACGAUUCGUGUACUUGACUAUGCUAUCAAUGGUUUUCAUUCGAUCGUUCCAUUUCUUAUCAAUAUAUUAUCGGCAAGUGUCAUAAUAAUCAUCAAAACCCGUCAACGGAAAGCAGUAGUCGGAGCUGGACAAAAUCCUAAAUCGGUUUUCAAGGAAGAAAUCUACAAACAUAAAAAUCUUCUAGUUGCUCCGUUCGUUUUAGUACUUCUUGUGAUUCCACGUUUGAUAAUCACAUUCGCAUCCGGUUGUAUGAAACCAACUAGCAACCCGUGGCUCUUCCUUUCGGGAUAUUUUAUCUCAUUAAUCCCAUCAACACUUACUUUCAUUUUAUUUAUUUUACCAUCAACUGUAUACAGAAAAGAAUUUCAUAUGGUUAUCAGCAAAUACCAUCAAAUGUUUCGAAGAAAUCAAUAA